GCUCAGCCCCGUCGUUUUGUAUCAGUCUUCUUUUCCAUCAUCGUCCAUCCAUGCCAGCACUCAAGCGACAACCGACGCCACACCCGAACGCCAUCCUGGCAAAGGCCGGCAGCAACAAGGCCGCAUCGUCACACCCAUCAUCAUCAUCCAACAAGCAGAGCGCAUCAUCAUCGUCGUCAUCUGCGCCGGCACGGACAGCCAAGCGCACCGCGACGCACGCUGCACUGGACGAGGACGAGGACGACGGGGAUCGCCACGAGGCGCCCGUUCCAGCCAAGCAGAAGGGCAAGAAGCAGCAGGCCAACGCGACUCCCGCUGCGACUACUGCUACUGCUGCCGUGUCUAACAAAGGCAACAGCAAGAAGCAGCAGCAGCAGCAGCAGCAGCAGCAGAGCAAGAAGGCGCGCUUGGAGGAGAGCAACGCUUCAUCAUCCGUCCCGUCGUCCAAGAGCGAGAUCGCCAAGGCCCUUCCCGCGUCAGGCACUGCAGGCACUGCGCGCUGGACGAACAAGCAACGCACGCUCGUGCUGUCGUCCCGCGGAGUCACUUACCGAUCCCGCCACCUGCUCAACGAUCUUCGUACACUGAUGCCCCACAGCAAGAAAGACGUCAAGAUGGACAAGAAGGACAAGCUGGUUCUUGUCAACGAGGUGUGCGAACUCAAGAACUGCAACAACUGCAUCUACCUCGAGACGCGCAAAAAGCAGGACGCCUACCUAUGGCUUGCCAAGACCCCCAGCGGCCCGUCCGUCAAGUUCCACAUUGACAGCAUCAACACCAUGGACGAGCUUCGCAUGACUGGCAACUGCUUGAAGGGCACACGACCACUUUUGUCGUUCGAUAAGAACUUUGAAACCGCACCGCACCUGCAGUUGCUCAAGGAGAUUUUCACUCAGGUCUUUGGCACACCCAAGGGUCACCCCAAGAGCAAACCAUUCUUUGACCACGUUUUUACGUUCAGCAUUGUUGACAACCGUGUUUGGUUCCGCAAUUUCCAGAUUAUCGACCAAGUCAACGAAGACAAGGAGGUCGAGACCACCCUGAACGAAGUCGGACCCCGUUUUGUCCUGAACACAAUCCGCAUCUUUGAUGGCAGCUUUGGCGGUGCGACAAUCUUUGAAAAUCCCGACUACGUUUCCCCCAACGAGAUUCGCGCGGCCGUUCGUGCCAAGACCCAACACAAGUACACUACCAAGCUUGUUGCCAAGGAGGCUGUCGAGCGACGCAAGGCCGGUCUCGUUUUGCCACGAGACGAGCUGGAUGUGUUUGCCAACCGCGACGAAGAAGAGGAGGACGACGAGGACGAGGACGAAUAAUUUCCGUGUUGCGUCGCUGUUAUUGAGUGUUUUCGUUGUCGACUCUGGCAAAAAAAUACACAUGUUUCCGCUGUCA